UUCUCCCCACAUGGAAACCACAAGCGAAUAACUCUGGGCAAGAGGCAGCAGGAGCCAGCAAAACCGGUGAUCCCCAGCAACUCCGCACCGAUUCCAAACCCAGGCACUCUGAACCGGUUCCAGACUGAGGAACUCUGAACCGGUUCCAAAACUAGCAACACCAUAUCGGUUCCAGUAAUCGGCGCCAAAUCGGGAGCCUCCGCAUCGCUUGCAGCCGGAGGAGAUUCUACACAAAGAGAACUUUGCAGCUUUUACGUAAAAAGGAGGAAAGGAUCGCGUUGGAUUCGACUUCGGCGGGGACGGGGACUCGGACCCGGGAGCCGCACACUCGCCGGUUACUUCCCCGCUCCUGUUGACAGACCCGGGUGCCGCUUGAAUGUAUAGUUUGAUGAUGGAGAGUGAGCCGGGCCAUCAGAUCAGUGCAGCGGGUGGCGGGACCACCGUGCCCACUCCGGGCACCAAUGGCAAGCUGAGUGGCGAGCGGGUGAAGCGACCCAUGAACGCCUUCAUGGUGUGGUCCCGGGGGCAGCGGCGGAAGAUGGCCCAAGAAAACCCCAAGAUGCACAACUCGGAGAUCAGCAAGCGGCUGGGAGCCGAGUGGAAAUUAAUGUCCGAGAGCGAGAAGCGACCUUUCAUUGACGAGGCCAAGAGACUCCGGGCGCUGCACAUGAAGGAGCACCCGGAUUACAAGUACCGGCCCCGCCGUAAAACCAAGACUCUUCUCAAGAAGGACAAGUACUCUCUGCCCGCUGCCUUGCUGCCUCAAGGCCCCGGGGCCCUCGGCCCGCCUGUCGGCUUAAACCAGCGACUGGACGGGGCGGGCGCGACGGGCGCUUACGGUCACAUGAACGGCUGGGCGAAUGGCUCUUACCCGGGCUCGGCGGCGGCCGCGGCGGCCGCGGUCAUGAUGCAGGAGCAACUCUCUUACACCCAGCAUCCUGCGCUGGCAGCAGCGGGGGGAGGAGGAGGAGGAGGAGGGGGCACUGGUGGAGGCGGUGGGGGCGCUGGAGGAGCAGCGGUCCACCAUCACCAUCACCACUCGCAGCAGCUGCACCGCUACGACAUGCCCAUCCAGUACAGCCCCCUCCCCGGCACGCAGGGCUACAUGAGCGGCUCUCCCUCCUAUGGCACUCUCUCGUCCGGCUACAGCCACCAGCCUCCCAGCGCCAUCCAGUUGGGCUCCAUGGUGAAGUCGGAGCCGGCUCCCAGUCCCCCGGUCAGCUCGCACUCUCGCCCGCCCUGCUCCGGGGACCUGCGGGAGAUGAUCAGCAUGUACUUACCGGCAGGAGGAGAAGCAGGCGACCCGUCUCCCAACAGACUGCUGCCCCUUUCUCAGCACUAUCAGAGCCCAGCCACGGGCGUCAAUGGGACCAUCCCACUAACUCACAUGUGAAUAUUGGGUCUGGGCAACGAACUCAAUGCUUUUCUUGGUGUUCUUGUAAAAAAAAGAGUGAACUGCGGACAUUUGCUGGCCCUGACCCUAGUGCACAUACCUUUUAAAAAGAAUCUAAAUGUUUUAUUACCAAGGCUUUUGUACAGUAUUUAUCAUUUCGGGCAAUUGGGAAGAUUAAUGACUGUGUUAAUUGUCGACUGUUGGAAUUUGCCCAGACUGUGCACUCUCGCUGUUUACAUACCCUCCAGAAUUACUCGAAACUGAGUAAUGUGAAAAUCAACACUCCUCCCCCUCCACCCCACACACAACGGGAAUUCUUUGAGUUUUGGACCAGUCUUUCAACUUACUUUUUAGGAGAUUUCAGUUGCCUUUAGUUGCAGGUUUGUGACCCAUGUGAAUUUCUGUAUUUGAAACUAGUUCCCAUUUUAUGCAUUGUAACACUUUCUGUAAAUCACGGAGAUAAUUAUAUUAUAAUAUUUACCAGUGGAUUCCAACAGCCAAUAUUAAUAGAUUACUAAGGACCUUUCUGCACACACUGACGUUUGUGCUGGACAAAAAACUCCGUUGAAAUAAUAAAUUUUACAAGAAACCGUUGUAUAUAAUUUGUAUUUCUACUUUUCCUGAUUCCGUUUUGAAAUGUGCUUUUGGACAAUACCUCUUUACGCAUAAACAUGCUUUAAAAACGGGCUGUAGUGUUCAAUUUUGACUUAAUUCCCUCGACCAUUACCGAAAAUACCACCCGCCCCGGGAAAGGAAAGUUUGCAUUCCCGGGAAUAAUUAAACUAAAAUAUCAGGACUCGUGGAAAUAGUUUGAAUCACCAAAUCAGUCCAUUAAAUCCGAACCGUAAUGCUUGGCUACAGUUCCUCUGCUUCUGCGGAAUGUACGUCAGUGGCUGUGUACAAACGGCCCCGUAACAGGGGCAAAUCUCUCCUACGCCAACCCAUUUGGUUUUAUUUCUUUCCGGGAACAAGAUUGUGUGUUGUAUUUUAAAUUUUUAAAAUUAAACGAUCCCCGUUUCGAAGGCAAAGGACUUUUUGACCUCUCCCUUUCGGCGGUUCCCUUGAGGUGGUUUCAGCCGGGAGGAUCCUGGGUUACUCGAAGCAAGGGCCCGGGGGAGGGAGGUGGUUAAAAAUUACAAAUAUUUUACUCAGGACACCAAUAUCUUUCAAAGGGAGCACGAGGAAGAAAGAAUCUCUAACUCUCUCCAGAGACUACAGUCUGAACAAGAGACCAAGGUUUUAUUUUCCCUAAAAACCAAAGGGCCACUGAGUUGAGCCCGUCUCGGAUCCGUACAGAUUUUUUCAAAUACAAACUUAUGUCGCAAAAACUCAUGCGAUGCUAUUAGAUCAUUGCCACUCUGAAUUUUGACUACCACGUAACGCCGAGUUUCAUGACAUGCUAUGGCAAUAUAAUUAAAAUAUUCAAACAUUUUACUCUUAGUGUAUCAACAUAAAAACGAAUCACACUCCGCUAUCUUCAAACUUCACAAAACCGUCAAACGGAGGACUAAAUUCGAAUCUAAGUAUUGGGCUGAUGUAUUUCAGAAUUAACUUGUACAAUAUGCCAGGUAGAUUCCUGAGUGACGCAGGUGGCGAUAAUUUACCAAAUGAUGCUGUGG